AUGGACGGUGAAAGAACCAAUGAUGUCAAUGUGGAAGAUUCGACUACUGAAUUUGCGACGAUCUCAUUGUCGCUGGACUUUGAUGUACCAGAAACGGUGGUUCCUGAGAUCGUGGUAGACAACGCACCGGUCGAAGUGGAACCGGAACCGGAACCACAACCACAACUGCAAAUGCAACCGCAACCAGAACAGGAGCUGAUCGUUGUGUUGGAAGAACCGUGUGUGAGUGCGCCUGCCCCCACAGUUACCGCAAUUAGGCUCGGUUCGGGAGCGGAUGACAAUCUGUCCACGUCUGUGAGUGACGUUGAAUCCGAGAACAUGGAUAACCGAAGUCAACGUAACCGAAGCCGUCGUAACCGGAGUCGUCGAAGCCGAAGCCGUCGAAGCCGAAGCCGUCGUAGCAGAAAUCGUCGUAGUAGCAGCCGAAGCAGCCUAAGCCGUCAUACCAGAAGUGAUGACAGUGAAUUCUCUGUGCAUAUCGAUGAAGAUGAGAUCGGUACCGAAUUGAUGGCCGGUAGCAGUCGUGGUGGCCAAAAGACGAUCCGUGAAGGUCGUAGGGCCAGGAAGGCGCCACUUGUCAGUCGCCGUGGUGGAAACGUUACUCGCGGCAGCCACACCAGUAAGAAGUCCGCCCGUGGUAUUCGUAGUGACCAGCAGUUAGCCAGAGGCAUUCGUGGUGGCCGAAAGACCGCUAAAAAUGCACCACCGCGAGCAUCACGGACGGUUUGGAACGGCCGCUUGCGUUCCCAGAUCACUUCCCGGAAAAAGUUAUCGAAGGCAAAAUAA